CCUAAAAGCGGUAAACAGUACACCUCGUUCUCCGAGACGCUAAUCGCGUCGCCCAAAAGACGUUGUCAUGAACAACACACCUAUUGAAUUUCAAUUAUUUUUUGAAAAUGUAAAUAGAAGAUACCACGUAUCGUGUCAGCAACCAUAGAGCGAAAAGGACUCAGGUAUGCUUCAUUGUAUUUUGUAUUAGAAAAGGGCUCAGGCAUGGCUGAGAGAGCACGUCGUAUCGGCCCUUUAGAGCGAGACGCUCAGGCGGGGCCGAUGACGUCCCCAGGACGAGGGGCCCGCAAACGGCCCGUGUCUUGAAAUGGGAAGUUCACCGCGUCGUCCACGCGCCAGAUCGCAGGACGACAGGCCUGAAAUCAUGGCCGAAGUGACAAAAUCCCCAAACUCGGGGUUGGGCAACGGCAGCCGUUGGAAACCAACCAAAAGUCUAGCCCGCGUCAUAUAUAGGCGACGGGACCCCCCCCCCCCCCCCCCCCCGAGACCAUGGACGUUAUAAACGAAGUCCAAACCGGCCGGAGGACUAUCGACCCCUUCGGCCGAAGCCUGAAAAAAGGACACUCCCCGAAAUAGGGAACAAAAAAAAGAGGGAAGCCGCGGACCGCGCACUCGCCGACCUCGAGCAAUGAAAAAUAAAAUCCCCAAAAUUUGACUAAGUACAUAUCAGACAAAUAUUAUACAUGUCAGACGAGCGUCCAGCGCCGUCCCUCAUUUUUUAGACGAGCGCCCAGCGCCGUCCCUCAUUUUCAGACGAGCGCCCAGCACCAUCCAUCAUCUCAGACGAGCGCCCCGCGCCGUCCCUCAUCUUCAGACGAGCGCCCGGCGCCGUCCUUAGACGAGCGCCCAGUGCCGUCCUUCAUCUUCAGACGAGCGCCCAGCGCCGUCCCUCAUCUUAGACGAGCGCCCAGCGCCGUCCUCCAUUUUUAGACGAGCGCCCAACGCCGUCCCUCAUCUUAGACGAGCGCCCAUCGCCGUCCUCCAUUUUUAGACGAGCGCCCAACGCCGUCCCUCAUUUUCAGAUGAGCGCCCAAUGCCGUCCCUCAUCUCAGACGAGCGCCCAGCGCCGUCCAUCAUGUCAGACGAGCGCCCAUCGCCGUCCCUCAUUUUUUAGACGAGCGCCCAACGCCGUCCUUCAUUUUCAGACGAGCGCCCACCGCCAUCCAUCAUCUCAGACGAGCGCCCAGCGCCGUCCCUCAUCUUAGACGAGCGCCCCGCGCCGUCCUCUAUUUUUAGACGAGCGCCCAGCGCCGUCCCUCAUUUUCAGACAAGCGCCCAGCGCCGUCCCUCAUCUCAGACGAGCGCCCAACGCCGUCCAUCAUCUUAGACGAGCACCCAGUGCCGUCCUUCAUCUUUAGAUGAGCGCCCAGCGUCGUCCCUCAUCUUAGACGAGCGCCCAACGCCGCCCUUCAUUUUUAGACGAGCGCCCAACGCCGUCCCUCAUUUUCAGACGAGCGCCCAGCGCCGUCCCUCAUCUCAGACGAGCGCCCAACACCGUCCCUCAUCUUCGGACCAGCUCCACCGUCCUUCAUGUUCAGUCCGGCGCCAACGCCUUGCCCUUCCUCAUAUGACGACCGGCCCCUCGGCCUCGGCGUGAUCAUCUAUCUCAAGAUCGGCUUCCUCAGCGCCGCGAGUCUUGAGCUAGCGAUUAGGCUCACCAUCCCUUCCUGGAUGGUGACCAUCGCCUUUAUAUGACGAUCGGCUUCAUCAGCGCCUCGUCAUCAAAUUAUAGGACUGGCUCCUCAUCGCCGUUGUCCUCACAUCACGACCGACCCCCUCGGCCUCGGCGUGAUCAUCUAUCUCAAGACCGGCUUCCUCAGCGCCGCGAGUCUUGAGCUAGCGAUCGGGCUCGCCAUCCCUUCCCGGAUGGUGAUUAUCUCCUUUAUAUGACGAUCGGCUUCAUCAGCGCCUCGUCAUCAUAUUAUAGGACCGGCUCCUCAUCUCCGUUGUCCUCACAUCACGACCGCACCAUCGCCCCGUUGUCUUUAUUUGACGACGUGGAGCUCUUAUGCAGGCCCCUCGGCCGCAUCAUCGCCCCAACAUCUUUAUUUGACGACGUGGAGCUCUUAUGCAGGCCCCUCGGCCGCACCAUCGCCCCGUCGUCUUUAUUUGACGACGUGGAGCUCUUAUGCAGGCCCCUCGGCCGCACCAUCGCCCCGUCGUCUUUAUUUGAUGACGUGGAGCUCUUAUGCAGGCCCCUCGGCCGCACCAUCGCCCCGUCGUCUUUAUUUGACGACAUGGAGCUCUUAUGCAGGCCCCUCGGCCGCACCAUCGCCCCAUCGUCUUUAUUUGACGAUGUGGAGCUCUUAUGCAGGCCCCUCGGCCACACAUCGCCCCGCCGUCUUUAUUUGACGAUGUGGAGCUCUUAUGCGGGCCCCUCGGCCACACAUCGCCCAAUCGUCUUUAUUUGACGACGUGGAGCUCUAUGCAGGCCCCUCGGCCAUACAUCGCCUCGUCUUCCAUAUUCGACAACGUGAAGCUCUCGUACAGGCCUCUCGGCCCAUCGGCCUUACAUUCUGGUCAUCUUUAUUUGAUGAACCAAACAUCAUAUUGUGGACGGUCGCUCGACCCAUCCCUUAGUCAUCUUUAUUUUAUGACUAGGACUACUGAUCAUGAUGAGCUACCCACAUCUAGAGAUCGGCCUCGACCAUCCCCCAGCAGACGGGCACCGCUGCAACUCCAUCUCCAGGCCAAAGGGCUCGCACCUUUUGUUUCAUUUUGGGGGCAUCCGAUGUACUCUUUUUCCCUCAUUAGGAUUUUUUCCCACAGGGUUUUUCCUAAUGAGGUUUUUAACGAGGCAUCUCCCCAUCGUGGAUCAAAAGGUGUCAACCCUCGGCCCCCUGUUGAAGACAUCAUCCGACACGCAUUACUCUACUCCUCUUCACCUCAUUACACUCGCCUCAAGGAGUGGGGGACUGGAAGAGCGGGGGACUUAGCGCCUCUGUUAACCAAAGAAGCACAAAUUCAAAUUUUUGUUCACGAAGUUUACUCACCAGACGACGAUAGAUCAGCACACAGUUCUACUCUCUUUCGUCUCGAAUACUCUCGACUCAGAGAGUGGGGGACUCCUGAUAGAGUAUAUAGACUCGGACCCCCGGGUCUCAUGACUAUUGGACCCGGACAACGGCCCACAUACGCUCGAUAGAUAGCAUUUAUUUCAUUGUACACUCUGUUUUAUUCAUGUAUACCCGUUAGAAUAGAUUAAAUACCAUUUGUUAGCCAUUUAUUGGCCUUUUAUUGUAAAUGGGCCUUCCAGGCCCAAGCCUGGAAGCCCAGCCCGCUUUUCUCCGAUAAAUACUCCCUAAGGAAGCCAUGUAAAGGGUUGGAAAUACAUUAGAUAUAUCACUUUAUCUCUCUAGCUCUCCCUUCUCUCUAGGAGUUAAUACUCCAUCAUAAAUCUAUAUAUUUUAUUACAACAAAGGCUUGAAUUUUUUUCAUUAGAUUAAAAUAAAUAUUAAGGACAAAAAUAUUUGAGGAAUAUAUUAUUAAAAUGCAUUAGAUUAACACAUUUUCAAAUUUAUGAGUUUUAAUACAUGAAAUUAUACAAUAAUAAAUGGACUAAUAAUUAACUAUAUAUAAUGAUACAAUUAGUAACGACAUGAAUAUAUAUAAUUUACACAUGUCCAUUGUACAUCCAAUUUAUAAUUUAUCUAUACAUAUUUGAUAUAUUAUAUUAAAAAUAGCUCCAUUCAAUUCUAACACUAACAUUUAUUACUAAAAGUUAAUAUAUAUUCAAAAACUUAAUUUAAUAAAUGAAAUUAAACAAUUAAUAAUAAAUGGACUAAUCAACUAUAUAUAAUGAUACAAUUAUCUAGCAACAUAAAUAUCUAUUGUUUACUUAAAAUGAUUUUUUUUGGCAAAACAUAAAAUGAUUUAUUAUAACAAGUGUAAUGCUUUAAAUAAACUAAUACUCUAUUCAAUUAAAUAUGUAUUACAUAAAAAACAAAGAUAUACAUUUAAUACAUACCAUAUUAUUUGAAACACGCAUUUGGCUCUAGAAAUUCAUCCAAUUUCAUCAUUUUGAGUACUCCACAAACACAUUAUAAUACUCUCUAUAAAAUUAUACACCAUAAGAAUGGAAUGAAACUAGCUAAAAUGGCAAGCAUAUAUAGAAAAUUUUGUCAGGAAUUUUGUUAAGGAUUUUGUCAAAUGGUAACAUUUGUCACGGAUGUUGUCAGGGAUGUGUAACGGUCGGAAUUUCACUUAUAACGUUAACUUUUUACACGGAAAGAUCCGUGACAAAAUUGUAAAAUGUUGAUUUUUUAUUUAGUCACGGAACAAAUCUGUGACAAUUAUCAAUUUUAACUGUUGUCAGGGAUCACGUCCCUGACAAAAUGAAACGGCUACUUUUUGCAACUUGUUUUUGAUAGGGAUUUGUUCCCUAACAAAUAUUCCGGCCAAAAAAGCCGGCCGGUGCCGUGUUUGAGGGUUCUGUCAGGGAUUUUGUUACGGAUUUUGUCCCAUACAAAUUUUGUUAUGGAAGUAUCCCUGACAAAACUGUUUGACCGAUUUCUUCUGAAAUCCCUAACAAAAUCCCUGACAAGAUUGUUGGGGACCGUAUCCCUGACUAAAAUCUUUGACAAAAUCAGUAUUUUUUUGUUGUGAUAAUGUACAUAUAUACUCAUUUAGUGAUUUUUAUAGUAUAAUUUGUUUGGAAGUAAGAUGAUAUAAAUACAAAAAAGUGACUGAACGUAAGAGCAAAUUUGAAACGGAUUCCGCUUUUUCUUUUCAAAUGGCAAAUGUGAAAUUAAUUUUUUUCUACGUUCGUGAAAAAAUGAUUUUUGAAGUGUUUGAUAUUACUGAUUUUGUUUGUUUUUGAAAAAAAAAUAACUUAAUUAUUAUUAAUGAAGAUGACAAGAAAGAUUACAAUCAUAAAGCUCAAUGCUACAAUGGGAUGAGACAUAGAAACAGACGAUUCUAAUCGAAAACGCCGAAUCGCUAAUCCUGCAAAGAAGUAGACUCUACCUGCAGAUUGACUGCUCCUACUACGAUGAUAAUAAUUAUCAAAAGAAUUCUUAAAUAUCCCGGUUUCUCCCGCCACUGGUAUGGAGUCAAUUGUAGAGUUUGUUCCGAUUUCACCAGUCAUCGAAAAUAAAGCAAUCCAAAUGAUCUCAUCUUCCAGGAACGACGGUGGUUCAGGAGGGGGCGAUCCAUCUCUAUAUCAGCGCAGAAGAAAAUCAUGUUUUUGAUUGAUGAAGAGAUCAGUGCAAAUCUCUUCUAAUGCACAUUGAAUUUCACCUAAUGCACAUUAUAGUUUCAUCUAAUGCACAUUGAAUUUCACUUAAAACAAAUCUAACGGUCCAGAUUCAUUAUUAUUUCUCUCCUAAGAUCAUGUUCUUAUUUGAACCAAAACCUCUCUCUAUACCUAUAUAGGGAUUGGUUCAAAUAAAAAGUGAUCCCUAGGUGAAAAAUAAGAACUAAUUUAGGCCUUUAAAUUGAUAAAAUGAAUGGAUCAGAUCAAUUUUUAAAGCAAAAACGCGGUGGCAAUAUGGUAAUUAUGCACAACUUUUAUUGGAUCCGCUAAAGUAAAAGUGAAGCGUUGUGUAGAAAAAGUGCAAUACAAGAUAGUAAAAGUGCAUCACGCUUCGAAAUAAAAUAAGUACAAAAAUCGAAUUGUAACUAUUUUUAAUGAAGUAAGUAUGCACUUUUACAUAUCGUAUAUACACUUUUAGUAUUAAGUAUUGCACAUUUCGGUUUAGUAUUUCCUAACGUGAUUUUUGAUCCAUUCCAUUCAUUUUGAAAUGAUCAAGGGCUUAGAUCACUUCUUACUUUUCAUGGGAAGACCCCUUUGUAUUAGAACCAAUAUAUAUAUAUAUAUAUAUAUAAGAACGUGAUCAUAUGAGAAAAAUAAGAAUCAAAUCUGGACCGUUAGAUUUGCUUUAUGUGAAAUUCAAUAUGCAUUAGAUAAAGAUGUAAUGUGUAUUAGGUGAAAUUGAAAUGUGCAACACAAAUGGUACAAUGUAAUGACAUUAUGUGAAGCUAAAUUGUGCAUUAGGUGCAUUUGAAAUGUGCACUAGAUGAAACUAAAAUGUGCAGAAUAAAAGGUACGAUGCGAUGUUAUUUUUGUACCUUUUAUUAUGCACAUUUCGGUUUCAAUUUCAUAUUUAGGAGAGAAAUGAGAAUGAAUCUGAACCGUUCGAUUUACUUUAAGUAAAAUUCAAUGUGCAUGAGAUUAAACUGUAAUGUGCAUUAGGUGAAAUUAAAAUGUGCAACACAAAUGGUACGAUACAAUGUCAUUAUGUGAAGCUAAAUUGUGCAUUAUGUGAAAUUGAAAUGUGCACUAUGUGAAACUGAAAUGUAGAGAAUAAAAAGUACGAUGUGAUAUUAUUUUUGUACCUUUUAUUCCGCACAUUUCCGUUUCAUCUAAUGCACACUUGAGUUUAAUUUUUUAUUCUGCACAUUUCAAUAUCAUCUAAUACAAAUUUCAGUUUCACCAAACGCAAAAUUCAGUUCCACAUAAUACAAUCCAACGGUCCAGAUUCAUUCUCAUUCCUCUCCUAGGAGUCCGUUCUUAUCGGAACAGCUCCCUAUAUAUAUAUAUAUAUAAGUGAGAAUGCAUCUGGUGCGUUCAUUUUAAGAUCUCCGCAUCAGAUUAGCAAAAAAGUGCACGGGAAAGUGUAAAGAAUAUUAAAAAAGUGAUGCUAGACGUGUGGCAUUUCCGUAGUUAAUCGAAACUUUUCUGCCAUCGCAAAAAGUGCAUCAGAAUAGGAAAAAGUGCAUGAGAAAUAGGUAAAUGUGUAACUUCUCACUUCUCACGUUAAGAUGUCUUCUCAUUACAACCCGACCCUAUAUUUCUA